CGAUACAGAGAAGAUUAGCAUGGCCCCUGCGCAAGGAUGACACGCACAAAUCGAGAAAUGGUCCAAAUUUUUUUUGCAAUCUCGCCGGUGAUUUUUCGACCCUCAAAACCCUAGAAUCUUCAAAUUUUUUCCCUCAAAAAUCUACCCCAUAAUUUUGGGCAAGCAUUACCUUUAAUGGUUGAAAUACUAAUACUCCCAGGCCCAAGGCAGUCUGCAAACAGAUUUCUACUCCUUGUCUUGUCCCAAGGGUGAGGCCAUUGUGAGAUCCACUGUUGAGAAAUAUUUCAAAAAAGACUCCAGUAUGGCUGCUGGCUUGUUGAGACUUCACUUCCAUGACUGUUUUGUUCAGGGUUGUGAUGGUUCGAUCUUGAUUUCUGGAGCUUCUGCUGAGAGGACUGCAUUACCGAACAUUGGGCUUAGAGGAUUUGAAGUUGUAGAUGAUGCGAAAUCUCAGUUAGAGGCAGCGUGUCCUGGGGUGGUGUCCUGUGCUGAUAUCCUUGCAUUGGCUGCUCGCGACUCUGUGGACCUGACUGGUGGACCGAGUUGGUCGGUGCCUCUGGGAAGACGUGAUGGAAGAGUUUCAUCGGCAUCAGAUGCUACAAGCUUACCAGCACCUACUGAUACUGUUUCUGUUCAGUUACGAAAGUUUUUGGACAAGGGAUUGAAUGAGCAUGAUCUUGUAACACUUGUAGGUGCGCACACCAUUGGUCAAACAGAUUGCUUGUUCUUCCGAUACCGUCUCUACAACUUCACAGCAACAGGCAACGCGGACCCAACCAUCAGCCAAUCCUUCUUGCCCCAACUCCGAUCCCUCUGCCCCCAGAAUGGUGAUGCCUCAAGGCGUGUUGCUCUCGAUGCUGGAAGCAUGACGGACUUCGAUGUGAGCUACUUCAAAAACGUGAGGGACGGACAGGGCGUGCUGGAGUCCGAUCAGAGGCUCUGGGAGGAUGCUACAACUCAAAAUAUUGUCCGGAAUUAUGCUGGGAAUGUUAGAGGGUUGCUUGGCUUGAGGUUUAGCUAUGAUUUUCCAAAGGCUAUGGUGAAGAUGAGCAGCAUAGGGGUGAAUACUGGGAAACAAGGAGAAGUUAGAAAGAUAUGUUCCAAGUUUAACUGAGAAGAUGCAAGUAUUGAAUAAGAGGUUGAUUGUCAGAAAUUUCAGUGUCAAUGACUUGUUAUAGUGAAAUUAAGUUCAGCAAUGGUAAGUAUAACCAGUUCCGACAAUUCACUAUGUUUAAUGAUGGAGAACCAUGAACCCAGAAUUAAUGAUGAUGUGAAGUCAAAGUUGACAAUGAUAAUAACAAAUGGGCAUUUCGUAUA